GGUAUAGACCCCAAUCUGCUUUCGAAAGCUUUGGCUGAUGAUGUAGAGGUGGAUGAGAGCGCUCUUGAAAAUGAUCCAGAACUUCUGGCUGAGUUGUCUGGCCUCAUAGGGAGCAGCGAGGAAGAAACCCCUGCAGUACCGGAUGCACCACCUCCCAGGCUGCCGCAAUCAGGUGUACAGGAUACCGCUCUGAUUAGCAAACUCAGAGGAUUGAUGGAUGUUUAUGAAAAAAUGCUUACAGCAAGCACCAAGGAAGGCAAUACUGCAAAACAAAAAAGGCAUCAGCGAACUGUUGAUAGGCUGAAAGAGUUAAUCGUCAAAGCUGAACGAGGUGAAAGUAUUGACGAAUCAGAAAUACCGCCCGCACCGCCUUCCUUUGCUGCGCCACCCCUGCCUGCCCACCGAGCCCCUGCUCCUCCUUCUCCUCCUGCAUCACAACCGCCUCCAGUUCCGAGGAGAAGAUCUACCUCUGGAGCGGCGCCUCCACCGCUUCCGAAGCGGAUGUCCUCAACAUCCUUGCCCCCAGAAAGCCCGGUUGGUGUCAGUUCUAGGCAUGGAGGGCCUGCUCACAUAAAACAAUUGCGUUUCAGCAAAAGAAUGCCGAUUCAAGAAAGGACAGCUCUGGACACUGCCACUGCUGAUGAACUCGACUUAGCUGACGUUCCACCAUCUCCACCACCUUAUAGAAAAGCUGAAGCCGAAAAACCCGCAACCUUCAUUGGUGGACUACAGAGCCGAAUGGAGAGAUUCCAGGCAUUGGCAAAAAAGGCUGCUCAAGACGGAAAUGACAGAAAGGCGAGGAUGAACAACCGAAUGGCCGAUCAGUACGCCGCAGCCAUUCGAGAUGCUAAGGCGGGACGCCCUGUAGCGGUCGCCGACCUCCCUUCACUUCCCGACAUGCCACCCUUACCUCCUCAAAAACCAGCGGCUCCCAUAGGACCAGCACCAGGAAUGAGACCGCCCCCAGCCACUGGGCCACUGGCCCCGUCGGGACAGCCUGGGAAAUCAAGAAAUGCAACGCAACUGGAGUUUCUGAUAAAACGUCAAAGCGAAUUCAGACAUGCGGCGAUGCAGGCGAAGGCUAGGGGAAAUAUGGAUUUUUUGCUGCAAGUCUCAAGAGAAUCCAAACGCUCUUUUUACCUUCUUCAGGGUUUUGAUAAAAUGAUAGCAGCUGCCCAAUCUGGGCUACCGGUCUCGAUCAAAUCCACUCCAAUCCCUCCCCAAGCCUCCACAUCUCAAGCCACCCUUCAACCUCGAAUCGUUCCUGGAGCGGCGAGCACUACUGGAAUUGAAGGUCGAGGGGAAGCUUUAUCGAUGAUGGAAAAAGCCUUAAUCGAGCAGGUUCAACUGGCAGAGAAUAGUCGGAUGCGUUUCACUCGUCUGGGAGAUGUUGGAAAGGUGAAAAUGUUUGAAGAAUGGGCUAAAGCGUCUAAGCAAGACUUGUUACUUGUUCGUGAAGUGGCCAAGCAAGGAUUAAAUUUACCCAAGUCUGCUUUUUUCUCUCAUUUAUUCACUGUCUUUAUUUUCAUCGAAAUCUUUGAAUACAUUUUCAGGGACGUACCCCUACCUUCCGGCUAUGAACCUUCGGAUGCUAAUUUGUUUGUAAAAUACACGUUCCCAUAUCCGUCUGAUGCGAAUCAAAGUGGCAAAACGAAAUACGUUUCCGGAACUCAGCACCCAGAAUUCGGUGAAGUUUGUGUACUGCAGAUAGGCACACGAAAGAGCAGGGGGCUCAAACUAAUGCGAGUGCUGAAAAGGAUUCCACUAAAACUUGAGGUGUACCAGAAAGGUAGUUUUUUGAGAAGUGAUAAACUGCUCGGUACAUGCGAAUGGAAAUUGGACCAUUUGGAGUCAAACGCGUUACUCGAGGAAUCGCUGCCCUUGAAGGAAGGACGAAAAGCCGUUGGUGGUCUGCUGACGCUGAAAAUUCGAAUUCGAGAACCUCUUGGGGAUGCUAAGGUGUCAGCUACGCAACACCGAUGGAUGGUACUGGACAAUUGA